AUGCCUACAGACCUGCAAGUUUGGGCGCCGCAACACGGUCGGGCGCUCGCCUUCGAAGGCCAUCCCAAGCCAUAUCAGUCCCUGGUGUUUCCGCAUGCUCUGCAAAACGGUGUGUUGUUCGAGGCCAUGGUCGCUCUCGCACGGGUGUCGUGGCUUCUGCAGGAACGCCUUCCGUGGCAGAAGGAUGCGGCACUGACACGCCAUCGUGCCAAUGCAUUUGCCGGCCUGAAGCUGAGGAUGACGUCUGAGACGACGUGCGCGGACGACACCACCAUCCUGACCAUCGCGGCUCUCACGACAAUUGAUUACAUGCUGGGUGUCCACGAAGGCGCAGAAAACCACGUCAACGCAAUGCAGCAGAUCCGGAAGAUUAGACUUGACCUCAAAGGAGACACGCCAUGGCAAUAUUUUCUCCUUUCAGUCAUGAGAGCCUAUGAAGCGCUCUGGCAAUUUGUCAAGGACCGGAACGAAGCCACGACGAGCAUGGCCCAGCUGUCCAUCGAGUCGCCGAUGCGCAGCGAGCUCCCAAUCUAUCCGUCGCUACCGUUCAACAUCAAGGUCUGCGAGGCGCUGUCGAAAGUGUCUACCUCGUUCAACGACAUGGCCAUGGCUGGUGAACUCUCGAUCCAGAUGAUUGACAUACUCGCCAAUCUGUCCACUCAUGCCCGAGGCGACGGGAGUGCCACGCCACCGAAUUCCCCGCCUAGCUCGCCAGGUGGACGCAACUUGCUUAAUACGAUGGCGGACCUGCGAUGUCUGUCGGUGAUGGCCACUACACCUAUCGAGCACAAGCUCUGCUUCGGCAUCAUGGGCACUUGCUUCACUCUACACUACGGCAGUGAGAAGAUCAGCGACGACAUGCACGAAACAUUACAAGAGCUUGAGGACUCCUUGGUCGGCAACGGCAAGCCGGAGCCGCAGGAGGAGAACCGCCUCAACGCGCACCGAGAGUGUCUGAUUUGGAUCUCUGUGGCUGCGGCAGGCGCACUCGACCAGUCAGAGUUACUCUCGGCGAUGAGCAUGGUGCUCGACCAGACACUGGAGCAAUAUCCGGACGAGACCAGUGACUGGGAGACGCUGGAGAAGAUCCUGAAGAAAUUCCUAUGGAACGACCUUCUUGGGAAACACUGGAAGCAAUGUUGGCGGAAGGGCAUGCACCGACAGUCAAAAGCACGAUGA